AUGAUGCUUGAUAGCAACAAAACAGAGAUUUUCAAGCCGGAAAACUUCAUCAAAACAAUUCCCGAAAAGAUAAAUCUUCCUCCGAUGCGUCAGCUGAAAAGAAGAUGCUCUUCGCCGCUUCUGAAUCAACCCGCCGCGAAAUGCCUCGAUGGAUUGAUGAAAAUCAUGGAUUCAGACGACUCUGACGUCGAUUCCACACCAGAUUCCGGAUUAUCCGGUUCCGGCUCGGGCUCCGACGACAAGCCACUUCCAUUGCCGCUGAAAACAUCUCCCAGUCCGCUGAAGAUGGCCCGCCGCCGUCGUCGAGUUUUCGCCAAUUCUCCGCUCAGCAAACGCGCCUGCGGGCAAGACCCAGACUCAGAGUCCAGCCCGCCCUGCUCUCCAAUCGGCACCAGACGACUUCGACAACUCGCGCUUUUCGACAAAUCCGGAAUGGAUUGCUCAAGCACCAGCGUUGGAGCUUCUCCCCUGACUCCAAGAACACCUCGAAUCGCCCCUCGUCGUUUGACGGAAUCCCCUCGCUGGCGCCAAUCUCCUUCGGCCUCUCGCUCUGGAACUCCCAAAAUCGACCCUGGCGUGACCGUGAACCCCUUCACUCCCGGAAACAGAAACAACACCUCGAAAACGCGCGUCUCUCUCCGCGCCGCCGCCACUUACCGCUACCGAGUCGAGUUCCACGAAGCAGGUCUCCUCGGCCAAGGCCAAUUCGGCGCUGUCUACAAAGCGGUCAACCGAUUCGACGGUUGCGUCUACGCCGUCAAGAAGAUCAAGAAACCAGCCAAGGGCGGCGCAUAUGGCGACGCAUCUGCAAUCCGCGAAGUCUGCGCCCUCGCCGUUCUGGGCAAGGGUCACGUCAACGUGGUUAGGUACUUCUCAGCAUGGUGCGAGCAAAGCCAAAUGUUCAUCCAGUCAGAAUACUGCAACGGCGGCUCAGUGGCGGACGUGAUCCAGGAUCACCGAGUGCACCGACUUGGCGGCUUCUCUACCGAAAUGGCCAACGACCUCCUCAAGCAGGUCUCCUCCGGGCUCGAGUUCAUCCACGAGCAAGACCUCGCCCACCUGGACAUCAAGCCAGCAAACAUCUUCCGCUCCUUCUCCGACGUCGUCACCCUCGAGAUGCCAGAAACCAAACACUCGGGCCCAGUGACGUACAAAAUCGGCGACCUGGGCCACGUCACCCAAUCUACAGUAAAAUCGGUCAACGAGGGCGACUGCCGCUACAUGUCCAAGGAAAUGAUCGACUCCGAGAAGACCGAUUUGUUCAAGGCCGAUAUUUUCGCACUUGGAUUGUCCGUCUACGAGGCGAUCUCCCUCAUCGAACUUCCUCAAAACGGCCCGGUCUGGCACGAGCUCCGAAGUGGCAGCAUCCCGAGCAUUUUGAGCGUGGACGAUUCACUCAACAACCUCCUCCUGAAAAUGUUGAGUCCGGUCUACCAAUCCCGACCGAGCGCCAAAGAAAUCUGCGCCCACUUCGCUGCUCCUCAAUCUCCAGUCGACAUCAACGCCCAACUCCAGCAGCUUCUAAAAGAAGAGAUGCUCAAAAACGAAAAGUUAUUAAUGGAGUUGCGUGAGAUCAAGGCUGGCCGGAAUCCAACCUCUGCCUGA